AUGGGGCUGUGCUCAGAAAAUGAAUCCACUUCCCAAACCACUGACUGCACAUAUUUGAGAGACCAAUGCCUAAGUGAUGUGAAUGGAUGUAAACAUGCCUGGAGAAUAAUGGAAGAUGCCUGCAGUGUUUCAGGUGAUCCCUGCAGGAUGAAGAAUUCAUUGAACUGUAACCUGGGCAUCCAAUCCUUAGUGGAAACCAGUUUACAAUUUAAAGAUUGUCUCUGUACUGAUGACUUCUAUUGCACUGUUAACAAACUGCUUGGAAAAAAAUGCAUCAAUGAAUCAGAAGAAUCAGCACUAUCCUCAGAUUUGGCAUCACAAUUAAAUAUCACAAAAUGGUUCCAUCAGAAAGAUACAUUGUUAAUGGUUGAAAAAAUGAGUGACUGUGCCAUAGCAGCAAAAAUCUGCCAGGAAUCUGAGCAUUGCACUUUUUUGUAUGAGAAUUUUAAGAAAAUCUGUGGGAGGGAAUCAGAACAAUGUAAGACCCUUGAUGGAAGCCACCUGUGUGCAGCAUUAACAGAAAGCCUGAAAGAAACAAUCUUAUGGACUUGUCAAUGUAAUGACCCUUCAAAAGUAGAGUGCAUUGAAAUUUGGAAGAGUUUGUUUGAAGACAAAUGUAUGCAGGAUGCUCAAAUUAAUCAAGUUCCAGCCUUCAGUGAAGACGAUGAAGAUGGAUUCAGCCAGGCCAUUGUUUCCGGAACGAAAGGGAUCUGGUCCUGUUUGGAAGUGGCAGAGAUGUGUGUAGGGGAUGCGGUCUGUAAUGCACAGUUGGCCCUGUACCUUAAAGCUUGCUCAGCAAAUGGAAAUCUGUGUGAUGUGAAACACUGCCAAGCAGCCAUACGGUUCUUCUAUCAAAAUAUGCCUUUUAAUAUUGCCCAGAUGUUGGCUUUCUGUGACUGUGCUCCAUCUGAUAUACCUUGUCAGCAGUCCAAAGAAGCUCUUCACAGCAAGCCAUGUGCAGUGAACAUAGUUCCACCCCCUACUUGCCUCAAUGUAAUUCGCAGCUGCCGAAAUGAUGAAUUAUGCAGGAGGCGCUACAGGACAUUUCAGUCAAAAUGCUGGCAGCCUGUGACUAGAAAGUGCCAUGAAGAUGAGACUUGCAUCAGUACUUUGGGCAAGCAGGACCUCACUUGCUCAGGAAGCGAUGACUGCAAAGCAGCUUACAUGGGCACCCUUGGGACGGUGCUUCAAGUGCAGUGCACCUGUAGAACCAUGUCACAAAGUGAAGAAUCUCUGUGCAAGAUUUUCCAGCAUAUGCUUCACAGAAGAUCAUGUUUCAAUUAUUCAGCUCUGGCUAAUGUCAAAGGCAUUGUGUUGCAAAAAAGAAAACAACCAAAGGAAAAAACUCUGAAUGGAUUUCAUUCCCCCUUCAACGAACCUUCAGAAUAUCAACUCAAACCAGAGAUCGAUCACCAAGCCAAAUACCCGGAGGACUCAUGGUUCAUUAAGAAUCUUGGAUCAUUAACAAUCACUUCCUUUCAAGCAGGUCUUUCUAGCCAGUCAACAGAAUAUCCUGUUCAUCAUCAAUAA